CAUGCCCUACUUGAUAUUCCAGCACAGCUGCUCCCUCUGUACUCCCGACUGAGUUCAGGGAACGGACAGCGGACAUAAUAUCUGUCACUGACCACGUCAGGACCGGCACGAAAGCCAACAGUAGAUGGGUUUAUCUUUACUACGUCACUUGUUACUUUCGCUCCCGUUUUUAUCGCCCGGUUGUUGUGGAUGGAUUAUAGUAUUCACGUGUCACCGAGAAUCAUCACAUCACGCCACCCAGUCAGCAGCGGCAGCCAUAGCUCGCUCGUGACGCCGGAGAAUAGAAUACCGUAGUCUUCCCCUACAAUGGCGGUCUUUGGUCACCAGGUGAUCGUUGCAGUCACAAGAACAAGGGGAUCAUAUUUGUUGUCUAAAAGGCACAGCUGUUCCUCUCUGUCCUCCAAAGCCUAUCUCCACAUUGACCCUCCCCGCCACGUCUUGUCCUCUUCCCCACUCAGACAUUGCCGCUAUGGCCACCCCCACUGUUACCGAGGCCAUGCCCUCAGCCGUGGCCACAACUCUGCCCUGCUUGCCCGCUCUCUACACAGUUCAGGUGUCUGGCUCCAGGACAUAAAGCAAGAAGACACUAAGUCCUCACUAUCCGCUGCACAGGAUGCUUCUUCAGUAGCUAAAAGGGACUCAACAUCCAUCGUUUCCAAUUCUCAACCUCCAUCAGCUUCUCCACCAGCAUCUACCACCACAGCGGCCACUGUUUCUCCAGUGCAGGAGAGGACAGUAGUGAAAAAGUCUGUGUAUCAGAGGAUUGUAGAUGAGUUGAAACAUUAUUACAAUGGCUUCCGGUUACUUGGAAUCGACAUUAACACUGCAGGGAGGAUGGUGUGGAGGCUUUUACAUGGACAGCUUCUUACACGCAGGGAGAGGAGACGGCUGUUGAGGACCUGUGCUGACCUCUUCCGUUUGGUGCCCUUUAUUGUGUUUAUCAUUGUUCCUUUCAUGGAGUUCCUUCUGCCCGUUUUCCUCAAACUCUUCCCAGAGAUGUUACCCUCCACCUUUGAGACGGAGUCCAAAAAGGAGGAGAAGCAAAGGAAGGGUCUAGCCGCGAAACUGGAGCUUGCCAAGUUUCUCCAAGAGACCAUCGCAGAGAUGGCGAGAAGAAACAAGGCUAAAGCUCACACAGAGGAUGAAACACAGCGCUUCUCCACAUAUGUUCAAAAGGUCCGGGGCACAGGUGAGCAGCCAAGCACAAAGGACAUUGUUCGGUUUUCAAAGCUGUUUGAAGAUGAACUCACGCUAGAGAACCUGGAGCGACCCCAAUUGGUGGCUCUGUGCAAACUACUGGAGCUGCAGCCCAUCGGCACCAACAACUUGCUGCGUUUUCAGCUAAUGAUGCAGCUCAGGACCAUUAAAUCAGACGAUGAGAUGAUUGCAGCAGAAGGUGUGGCAGCGAUGAGUGUGUCAGAAUUACAGGCAGCAUGUCGUAGUCGUGGGAUGAGAUCUCUGGGUAUUACCACUGAUCAGCUACAUCAGCAGCUGCAACAGUGGUUGGACCUGCACCUGAAGGAGAAUGUUCCUCCAUCCUUGUUGCUGCUCUCCAGAGCCAUGUAUCUGACUGAACUCAAACCAAAACCCCCAGCCAUCCCGCCUGUUCCUAAACUCGAGAAAACAGCUCCUCCCCCAGUGGAUAAAACAGAAGCAAGCACAGCCUCCGUGACUACGGACAUGUUGACAGAUCCUGCUCUCAUCAUCAAAGACGGUUCGGUGGAGGAGUUAGAAGACAAGGCGCCUCUGGUCUCUGAAAAACCUCUUACACCUGCUGAAGUCCUGCAGGCUAAAGCGGCAACAGAAGUGUCCCAGAAGAGCAAGAUGAGUGCCAAUGGUGUAUGAAGAGAAGCAGGAACAUCUGGACUGAAAGGGUGAUGGAGCCCUGUCCUAUUUAAAGCCCCUCUCUGUGUAAUACCUUCUCCCCUCUUUGGACCAGAGGGAGAGGAACUGGUGUUUCAGGGAUUUGGCUAAUAGCAGAUCACAUAACUCAUCCAGGAGUCCUGUUGGCUUCUCAUCCCUCUGUUAACACCCAAGAAAGGUCUGCUGCUGCUGCUGCUUCUUCGGCUCCGUCUUGGCAGCUGCUUCAUCCAACCUUUUACCCUUUGCUUUCACUUUUGUGCACUCCGUUUGUUGUAACUCUCCAUUCGAGCUGGACGAACUAGCCUGAAGUGUCACUGGACCCACUAUCUGCUGCUGUGAUGAUGUGUUUGUCUGAGAAGUAAUUCACAAACUGCCCAUGGCGGAUUCUGGUCAGUCAUCUUAAUCAGUGGUGUCUCCUUGCAGUCUAAACAGUCUCCUCCUCCUCCUGCCUGUAAAUUUGUAAAUAUCUUGUAUAGUUUCAUCCCUGUCUCACCUCACAGCAGCAGCUCUGUACAGUUUGCUAUGCAAAGGCCUUCAAAUGAAUUUACUUGAAGGGAUCUCCCUUUUCAGUUUUAUUCUGUUAUUAUUUAGUUCAAGUUGAAAAAGACUGUCCAGUUUUUGGCUGAAUACUUCGCCGUCGCCGUCUUACCCAAAACACCAAGAGUCGCCACAUUCUCAGCCUGCAGUUUAAUAAAAAGCAUACGGUUCAGUGGAAAUGUCAUAAUGUCAUUUAGUCUGUGGGUGGACCAGCAGAUGCAGACCGACCUUGCCUGUCAACACAGUAAUGUAGUGUUGUUUCCUGCUGCUUCAACUGGCAAAUGAAGACUGGGAUGUGAUUAAGAGAGUGGUCACUCCUUUUUACCGCAGAUGUAAAACGCUGUCUGCUCCCACUAUUAAACCACUGAUUUAAAAAAAAAAAAAAGCAAUCAAAAUUUAUUUUAUACGCACAUAUACAUAUAUUUGUACAGUGUAUGGAUUGUGUUUUUAACACUACGGUGCAAAUACCUGUUUGAUUUAUAAAGAGAAAAGUCUACUAUCUAUGAAGAUACAUUGUGCUACUAAUGUGGAGGAUAAGCUUUAACUCUGAAGCCACGGAUGAGAUUGAUGUUAUUUUUAGUAUUGUGGCUCUAAAACAGGUAAAUGUGUAGCAUGAUGACUAAGUCGCCCUAAUUCCUUACUUUAGUAAGCGCUCAUAAAAAAAACUGUUUAUGACCCCAAGUUGUUAUUGGAAGGUUUACAAUAUAGAUAUGUGAUAUCAAUAAUAGCUGUGUACAGUACAAAUACAGUUGUGUGUGUUUGUUACCUUCUCAUCUCCCUUUAACAUUUGUCAAAUAUGGAGAAACUGAAUUUCAUUGCAGCUGAUGAGAGUUUUUGUUUCCACCAUUUUCCCUCUACUAUUUUUCCAUAGCUACUUGCCUAUGUGGUGGAUGCUGUAAAUGAGAAUAUUUUUUUAAGCGCAUAAAUAAUUCAUGAUGAAGAUUUAUAAGUUGAGUUAAAGGGUUCAUGUUUGCCUUCUUCCUUAACGGAUUGUCUCCACUGUAUUCUUAUUGCACUUUGGUUAUUCAGCUCGGUGUCUUUAAAAGAUGCACCUUGACCCUCCCAUUUUAUCCACGU